AAACGUCCCCCACGACGUCUGUGAUUUUAUGAGUCGAUUCGGACGGGACAAAAUUUUACAUGCUAUUCCAGAGGUGGGAGUGUCUGUUUCAUGCGUUUGGGCGUUUCUGAAGAUCACAUGCUCUGGAUGCGCGCUCAUAUGACGUAGCAGCAGCGCAAACAUGGCGGUGAGAAAGAAAGCGAGACACUGGACUCGGGAGGAAACUUUAGCUUUAAUUUCGGUAUGGAGUGAACCUACAUUCCAAUUUCAAUUUGAACACUGCGUACACAAUCACAAAGUUUGGCACGAAAUCUGGAAAAAAGUUUGUCAGGUUUGUCCUUCGAUACAAAACACGUUCGACUCCAUGAAAUGCAAAGACCGCAUUGAAUAUCUCAAGCGACUUUAUCGGGACUGCGUGAAGCACAACAACAAGACCGGGUCUGACCCACAACGUUGCCCAUAUUAUGAUGAACUGGACUCUGUUCUUGCAUGUCGUCCUAUGACUAACCCUGGGGAUGGACAUAUGGAUAUGUCAAGCUCAGAUGAGCAAGAACAUUCAUCUAGCAGUGCAGACACAUCUGGAGUAUCAGAUAAUGUACCAGACCAGCCAGCAGCAGCAGUGACAGCAUCUGAGAAUAACAGCAGUGUUAUGUCUCAGCAGACCUCAAAUCGUGGCCAAAAUCCCACCACUACAAGCCGCAAACGCAAAGGCAAAAAAACUCAAAUCAUGGAGGCUAUGGAGAGAGGGAUAAACAUGCUUAUUCAGCAUGAUAAAGAUGCCACUGAACAGCGUCAGGACAAGGAUCAGAUGGCCUGGGAGAGACAAUUCCAGCAGGCCAGACUAGAUCUGGAGAGAGCACGUUUUGAGUUUGAGGUGAAGCGCCAGGAAGCUGAAGAUAGGCGUGCACGAGAUACCCAGCAAUUCAUGCUUCAGCUUAUGCAGAUGAUUAGACCUACAGUGCCACAGUAUCAGCCCCCCACUUCAUUCACACAAUAUCUGGGUCAGCAGUAUUAUCCAUCUGACAGUUUCUGUGUUCAAUCGGAAGCUGUACAACCAAACCCAUCACUAACGCAGUUCCAUGAACAACGUUCCUUAUCUGACCAAAGCCAUGACAAGUAAAGCUACAGUUCAUUAAAAGUACUUUGUGUUCCUUUGGUUAAUUUAUAAGCAUUUUUGUGCUGUUGCAUUUGUUUGCACAAGUUUAAAGUUAUUGCAAUAGCCUUUUAUAAGACAUAAUGAUGUCAUUAUCGUGGAGGUUAUGUUUUUGCACUUUGCAAUGUUUACAUUUUAUGUUUUGAUGUGUAAUAGUACUACUUGAAGAUGAAGAAUGCAGUUUAUUUGAAAUGUACAAGUGAACAGACAAGAAGUUUAAGUUUUAUAAUGUUGUUAAGAAACAUAUUUUUGAAAAACAGUACAUAUGUUAAUGCCAAAACACAUUUUUGAGAAACCGUACAUGCUUAAGCAAAACAAGCAUUUACAAAAGUGCAUAAC